CUCAUUCUGGACUUCUUUCUGAAAGGGUGAUGGCUAAUAUUCUCAAAUAUCUUAUUAAUGUAUUUAAAAUAACCAAAAAAAUCACAAAAAAGACGUGAAUUAUUUAUUCCAUUUUUGCCACUAUGCUUGAACUUCAUAAUAUAAUUAUAAUUCAAAUCAAAUCAGGAUUUGCUGUAAUCAAGACAAAAAAGAAGUGGACCAAACUGAACAAUGACUAACUUCAUGACAAAUCUGUUUUGUGUCAUGGCCGCAGAAAGUUUGACUAAUUUAUCAAAAAAACAAAACAAAUUUUUGUGAAUUGUCAGUCACAACUAAUGUUACUAAAUUUUAUCAAAUUCUUUGUGUAAUCUGUGACAUACAAUAAACUGAAAAGCAUGGCCGAUAAAGUCGAUGAUAAUUGGUUCGGUUCCUGGUUAAGUGCUGCAAAGAAUAAGGGUUCUGAAGUUUUGGAAUUUGUCAAAAAAGAUUUAGAAGAAUUUGGAUCUGCUGUAAAAAAUGAAGCAACUAAUGUUGUUUCAUCCACUGGGUCUGUACUGGAAAAAACUCUUAAUUUGGAUUCUCCCUCAUCGACAGCUAGCAGCAUGAAAAGAAGUUUCAGCUCAUUUCUUGGUCAAAUGAAUACAGUCUUAAAUCCCAGUCCAGAUGAUUCCGAUACAGAAGUUUUGAUAGUAGAGAAUUCAGAAACGAAAAUUUUAAAUAAAUUCCAGAAAGGAUUAUAUGAGCUUCAGAAAGAUCCCACUACUUUUAUGGAAAAUCCAGACGAAAGUUUAUCCAAACAAUACCAGUGUUGGCUAGAAAUUAUAGAUGAUCAAUUAAGUGAUGAAAGAAUAGCCAAAUAUGUUAAUAGUUCAGAAAUUUUAAAGAGCCAAUAUGCAAAAUUAGUACCUGAUGUUGUAGAACAUCAAUUAUUCUGGAAAAGGUAUCUAUUUAAGAAAGCUUUACUAGAAGAUGAUCUUGCAAGACAGGAAGCGAUGGAUAAGAGGGAACAAAAAGAAAAACAAACAACUGAAGAAAAUCUAAAAUGGGAGCAAGAAGAUUUUGCAGCUGACAUAGAACUAACCGAAGAGGAACAGAUUAAACUUUUGGAACAGUAUGAACUUGAAAGAAGAAAUCAAAACGAAAUAACUAAAUCACAGAUAGGCGAAAAAGUGGUUUUCAAGCAAGAAUCACCUAAAAGAGACAAUCCAUCAUCCAAAUCGAACUCAAAAACAGAAAAUUUAGAACCUAACAUAUUGAAUAAACACGAUUCGGCUGCAAGCUUAGGAAGUACUCCCAGCAGUAGCAGCAGUUUGGACGGAGAUUGGGAGAAAAUUGGUGAUACUGACAAGUAAUUUUAGGUUGAAAAUUAGUUUAGCUUUGAAAAUUUCAACAUGUAACUAAGAGUGACUAGCAUUUAAUUUAAACAAUACUGACUUUUAAUUUUAAAAUCAAAUAUAGGUUCUAAACCUUUAUUACUUUUUUUUAGCCUGAAUUCUAAUUUGAAAAAUGAAAACUUUUAAAGUAUCGAAUUUUCUUUUUAAAUGAAAUUAAUUUUUCUUAUUUUUUUAAUUUUAAUUCAACAUACUUCCAUAAUUUUUUGGAUUCUAUGACAGCUAAUAUUGGUUCAUAAAGAAGGUUCAAAACUUAAAAACUUGUCAGAAAUCUAAGAGUAAUUCUUUCCACUCUUGAGAUAUGUUUGUUUGCCUUGUCCACGCCUGAACAUCAAACAUUAUCAAUCUGCAGAGUUAAAAUUGUAUUACUUUAAAUUAUAUAACACUGUACUUUGAAUAUAUUAAAUGUUAAACACCAUCUAUUUUAUCAAAGAGUUUUGAAACAUGCUGUAACUUUAAAAUAUUUGAAAUUUAUAAUAAAUAAGUUACAUCAGAUAGUCGGAUCGGUUUAUAUUAGAUCAAAAAAAGCUAACUUCAAUUUUUUGGUCUAUAAAUGGUUGACUCCUCACACACAUCUUCGGCAAAAAAGUGAGACUUGCAGUAUUUUUUUUUGUACAUCAUUCGUUUAUUAUUUACUUUUGCAGUUGAUUCCAAAAAGAUACUAUAAAUUCCCAAUAUUAUUUCAAUAUGUUAUAUACUAGAAAUAAAUGCCUAUAUUUUAACCACGUAUCAUCAAAAGCAACAAUUUUUGCAGAACAUUUUGUAUUCUUUUGUGUUUUUUGAUUCCCGUGACUAGUUAAGUGAAGGUUAUUUAUAUUGUAUACCUAAUCUAUUAGAGAACAGAAGACUAAAAGAGAUUAUGGACAUAAUGGUAAAUAUUGAAGUCACAUUAGUGGAGAUUACCCAUCUGGUUUCAUAUACAGAAACACUUGAAUUAUUUACUUAUUACUCGCUAUUUAAUUCAGUGUACUGUAAAUCCGCAAUAAAUGUAUAAUAAAACCGUAAAAAAUAUACUGUGUUUAUAGGGCGAAAGAAUUUAAUUUUGUAUAAAUUAAUUUAGUCUUUUUUUAUGUUUUAUCUUCUUUUCUUUUGUUUCCAAAUGACUCCUCGAUUUUUUAUUAUGUGUGUUUUAAUCUAUUUACGAUACAAGAGGUCAAGGAUACUUGCACUAUGUGGAAAAGUAGUAGGAUCCAUCGAUUCUACUCUAUUUUUCUGUAAAUCUAAUGACAAGAUCUCUCCAGUCUUCGAUUAGGAACAGUUACUAAACUUUUCUUAAAUAAUGGAUUUAAGAUCUGUGCGCAAGGUGUGAUUGGAGGUGUUUGUGAUGGCUCAUAAAGUUUUCGAUUGAGAUAUUUGUAUGAUAACCAGAUAUUUACUUACACAGCGACAGAGUUCCACUCCAUAAUAUUUUACCAAAUUGGUUUAAUGACUGCCUUGUAGGAGGAGUUUAUUGUUAAUUUUUACUAAAUUAGUGAUGACGUAAUUUUGGUUCCACUGACAAUUACAGUAUUUUUUUUUUUUUGAGUGCGUUUUGUUCGUUUUGUUUACAAAGAAUAUUUAAUAAAACAAUAAAAACGUGUCAAAUAUUGUUAAAAGUUUGGUUAGAAUUAACUGUCAGUGGAACCAAAAUUACUUCACACUUUUUUAUGAGUAUUGGCAAAAGUAGACAUUGUAGGGAAUAGCUUACUUGUUCAAUAAGGAUUUCGAUCUCUUUCUGGUUCUUUUAUUUUCGCACGUAUCUUGCGGGCCACUUCUUUGUCGUGUUCACCUAUUAUCUAGUUAAGCCCUUUGGUUUUUAAAUCAAUUUGUUUUCUUUUUUGAUUGUUAUUUACUUCAGUUCAGUUUAUUGCCUUAAGUGUAAUCCAAGGUACGAGGUGCGAUAAAAAAAUACACUGAAUAAUUUUAUUAGAAACAAAGUAAUACGUUUGCAUGGAAUUCGAUUUAAUCUCCUUCAAAUUGCUGUCCUUGGCUAGCAAGUACUUAUCCCUAUGUUGAAUCCAUGACUGAAAUCAUUUUUGGAAGGGCCCUCUCACUAUCAGGAAUGGUAUUAAAACGUUUUCCUUUAAACACAGUGUUAAUUUUGGAAAAAAAAUCCUUUAUUGUCCACCCAAUUACAGGACAACUUAAAUUCUAAUAAGGCUGAAACAAGUAUAUAAUUUAACAAAAAUAGACAACCAUAUAAUGAAAUAAAGAAACAAAGAUAAAGAAACCGGCUAAUUUAUGACAAUAUUUUGAUUUUAUUCUUAAACUGAUUUAAUGAACAUGAGAAUGGGUCAAUCCCUUUAGUAUUUUCAUUAAAAUCGAUGCACAUUCUAUUUAAGGGAGAGUUCAUCAUGAUGUUCGUUCUGGGAGUAGAGAGGUGGAAAAGUCAUUUGGAUACAACCAACGUUAACUGAAAUUCUACCGCAGUAGGACGACACACGAGUUGCUAGUUUCCCGGGCCACCAUUUAACUCUCCAAUGGCCGUCCAAUCUUCGUUGUUUCAAAUUUUAUAUGAAUAUUCCCAAUCUACGGGUAUCUUCUGUUCACUCCAAGCUCUGCUGUAUAAAAUUGUUAUUUCUGUCUGCUUCGAUAGCUAAAAAUUGUAAUGUGAAUUAUUGAAAAAGAAAAAAAAAGCUCCAUUGAUGGAAACAAAAAUACAGUAACAUGAAAAUAAUAUCAUAAGAACUAAGAAGGCAAAAAAAAUGUUUGAUAAAAGUUGUUGCAUUUCAUGAGUUACAUACAUGGCUAAAAAUAAAAUUUAAAAUGGAUCCAAUUAUCAAUUUAAUUAGAUAUGAUCUGUCAUCUUAUUGAGGAACUUCUACAAAAUAUAGUUUUUCAAUUUAUUAGUUUUAUUAUAACUUGUUAUAAUUUUAGGGUAUUUAUAAAAAUUAUAGAGUAUUUGUAUUAUAAAAUGGCUUCAAUAAUGUGUAUGGUAUAAACAUUUAUAAGAAGUUUUCGGUAAAACAAAAUAUAAAAAGUUGAUUUUUAACUGUGUAAUUCCCUGCUUAUUUUAGGGAAAAAUAUGUUUAUUUUAAAUUUUUGUAUAUAUCAAUUAUGGAAAACAUUUGGUUAUUCGUCUUGUGAUAAUGAUAGUUUUUGUCUGAUUUUGAUAAAGGAAACUAAACUUUAUUACUAAGUAAUUAAUUAAAUGAAUAUUACCUCCUAAUAGAAAAUUAUUAUAUUAUCAUUGCCAUCCUUUUUAAAUAAAUAUAUAAAAACAAUAUAAAACCCAAACUAAAUACUAAGUGCAAAUAAACUUAAGAAUAUUCCUCUAUUUUUGUAAAACUAAAUAAUUUAUUAGCAAUGUAUUCAUAAAAAUUUAAAUUAUUUAAUCCAAAUGAUAAGACAAGUAAGUGGGCUUGUCCUUUCUUUGCAUGUGGUGUAUGUGAGAGUGAUCCGUUACAAUUUAUUUUGUAUUUAUCCAUAAACUUUUCCAAUUUUAAACUAAAAUAAUUCUACAAUGUAAUAUAAAUAGAUUAAAAUCUAGUUUAUUGUUAAUGUUAUUUAUUUUAUUCAUUACUCGGUAUGAAUUUUUCGGUUUUUUUUUUAAAUUUUGUACCUAGUCCUAUUAUGUAUCAUACUAUAUUUUAUAAAAUGUUUGAUGAAAAAUAUACUAUUCCUAAAUAUUGAAA